AUGGCAACAACAAAUCAACAAGCUAACCAACAUUUACAUAACGAGUUUGACAAAUUAAACAUGAAUGAUAUCGACACUAAUACAACCAAAAGUUGUUCUCAGCUUGAAAUUGACAAUGCAUACCUUCAGCAACAAAAUUCACAUCUGAACAAAGAGCUAUCGUUUGCAAGAUAUACGAUCAAUGCUCUUAAAGGGAUAACCAAUCAAAGAGAUACUGCAUUGAAUGAGACCAGGCAGGAACUGGAAAAAGCCAUGCAACAUAUCCAAUUAUUAACCUACACACUAAGACAACAACAACGAUACAGCCUGUCUGGCAUAGGCCUUGUCAACGAUACCGAUUUAUCCGACGAUCAAGAGUUAUCUGAAGAAGAUGAAUUUGAAGAGAACCAGAGACAGCAAUCUCUCCAUCAACAACAAGCACAGCAACAAUCUCAACGCCGCCCUCUGGAUAUCAUGUCAAAGUUACCUCUUCGUCAGCCUCCAAUGACGGAUGAAAUCUUUAUGCCUGAUCAUCAUCAUGUCACCAACAUUGGUAUGGAUUAUUGA